AUGGAUACUUCACCUUCCAAACAAUAUCCAGUAAAAAAACGAGUGAAAAUUCAUCCUAACACAGUGACAGUGAAAUAUACUUCUCAUUAUCCACAGCCUGGAGAGGAAGGGUAUGAAGAAGCAAACGAAGACAUUGAGAGUUUUGUGGAAGAUAAUCCGAAGAGAAGAUUGCUGAGCAAUGGCCAGCGGAGAGGAAGAUCCUUCUUUGGCACUAUUGACAUCCCAUCUCAGGAACCACAAAAGCCAGAAGCUAAUAAGAGUGGGCAAGGCCAAAGUUUUGUAGACAGAAGCAUUUUUCAGUCCAGAAAGACUUGGGCAGUGCUUUUUGGAUCUGCUUUGGCCCAUGGUUGUGUUGCCCUGAUAACGAGACUUGCUUCUGAUCGUUCCAAAGUGCCAUCUCUAGAACUGAUCUUCAUUCGUUCUGUUUUACAAGUGUUUUCCGUCUUAGUUGUGUGCUACUACCAUGAGGAACCUUUUGGACCGAAAGGAUACAGACUGCGGCUGUUCUUUUAUGGAGUAUGCAAUGUUAUUUCCAUUACCUGUGCUUACACUUCCUUUGCAAUAGUACCCCCAAGCAACGGGACUACAAUGUGGAGAGCUACCACCACUGUCUUCAGCGCCAUCUUGGCAUUUUUAUUAGUAGAUGAGCGAAUGGCUUACAUUGAUGUCAUCACUGUAAUGAGUAGCAUCUUUGGUGUUUGCCUGGUCAUGAUCCCCAACAUUGUUGAUGAAGAAGAUUCUCUGCUGAAUAUCUGGAAAGAGGCCUUUGGAUAUACCAUGACAGUUAUGGCAGGCGUAACUACAGCUCUCUCCAUGAUCGUGUACAGGUCCAUUAAGGAUAAUGUCAGCAUGUGGACAGCACUGUUUACCUUUGGUUGGACUGGAACAGUGUGGGGAGCCUCCACCAUGUUUUUCCUCCAAGAGCCAAUAAUUCCACUGGAUGGAACAAGCUGGGGCUAUCUUAUGGGCAUCUGCAUAUGUUCCACAGUGGCUUUUCUGGGUGUCUAUUAUGCCUUGAACAAAUUUCAUCCAGCCUUGGUCAGCACAGUGCAACAUCUGGAGAUUGUGAUAGCUAUGAUCCUUCAGCUCCUUGUGCUUCGCAUCUUCCCCAGCAUCUAUGAUAUGAUUGGGGGAGCGGUUAUCAUCAUUAGUGUCUUUUUCCUUGCAUGUUAUAAACUGUCUUGGAAGGACUUAAGAAAACAAGAUUAUGAGGAGAUACUAGAUUCUUGUAUUAAAUGA